UCGGUCGGUCACUCACUCCUCGUCUCCACAGCAAAAUCCAUUUCAUCUCAAAAACCUAAUCUCUUCUUCUACUUCUGCCAUUAAUACUGUUAAGAUCAUUUGUUCUACAAUAGGGGGUUUGAAAUGGGCAACUUUAAUAUGCUUCCAGGAGAUAUCAUCUUCAACAUCUUCACACGUUUACCAACAGAAUCAGUUUUAGACUGCAAGUUGGUCUCAAAAUCUUGGAGUAGAGUUAUUAAUCAUCAAUCGUUUUCUCAAUCUCACUUAAAUCACUGCCUUAACAGUCUUGAUUCUGCUGGUAAGUUUACUUUUCUUUUUCUGAAUGACAAUCCAAUCUAUGCAUACAGACAGUUUCAUUAUUUGGAAUUUUAUGAUGAGAAUUCUUCUUCAGAGGAACAACCCUGCCAUAGAGUUACAAGAAUGAAACUAAACCCUGCUCCCUUUAUGUAUUAUGAUUUUGCUGGUUCCUGUAAUGGUUUAGUUUGUCUAAAUGGAUGCCAUGAUAAUGAGAGGGUGAAUUAUGAACCAGUUUAUAUCUGUAAUCCCAUCACCAGAGAAUGUGUGUUUCUCCCGGAAUUUGAGAGAACAGAUGAUCGUGGUCAACAGUUGGAGACUGGAUUCGGUUACGUUUCUUCCACUAAUGAGUACAAGAUUGUUAGAAUGUACAGCUUGUUGAAAGAACCCACUUUUGUACAUGUUGAGGUGUACACACUUGGCGGUAGCAAGGGAUGGAGAAACACAGGGAAGGAAUUCGACAAAGGUCUGGAUUUGUAUAUUAAUACCCACGGUUUGCUUCUGAAUGAAUCUCUUUAUUGGGAGUUUAAAACUGGUGAAGUUGUGGCUUUUGAUUUGGCUAGUGAAACUUUUGCCAGUAUACCUACUGGUUUUCCCACUGAUUUGCAUUUUAAACUUGGGGUUUUGGGGGGUUAUUUGUCGGCUACCCACUAUGAUAAAGAUUCAAAUACUUCUGAUAUAUUGCUAUUGAAGAAGAAGGAGGAGGGUGGGUCAUUGAGUUGGAUUAAAGAAUUCAGUUUAAGCAACACGAAUGCAUAUGAAUCUCUUGCCCUCACGGGUAGGGGUACAGUUUUAUGUCGCUCCACGACGAAGGUCCAAAGAUAUGACCUAAAUUCUUCAUCUUCAAAACUGCUUGUUGAUUUUGGCAGGGAUAAGUGUAUAUUUCAAGCAAUCCCACAUAUGAACACCUUGGUUUCAUUAAAAGCAUUAGGAGAAGAAAAUACAAAAACAAUGGAAAUGGUUGACGUACCAAGAGAGGUAGAUUUUCAAAAUAUAUAUGAUGUGUUGUAUCAAGGGUGUAGGCAGCAGUAGGAAGGAAUGUAUCUGCCCGUGACUACAUUUAAUAUGGUAGUAUUCGUUGUGAAUUUGGGCCUUACAUGUAAAGUACUAUGUCAUGUUUAUCUUCUUUAUUUUUGAGUUUGCAAAUUGGAGUUUAGCUAUCUUCUUUGGCUAUUUGUGCUUCAUUUUCUAUUACUGUCUUUAACGUGAUGCAUAUAUUAUAGCUACUUUUGUGUUUGGUGACUUUUACAGUAGAGUAAGGUUACAACUUAGACGCAUACAGUAUAUCAGCAGUUAGACACUUUAUUCACUAGCAAAUAAGUGCGUGUAUAAAUAGUUGAUACUCCCACUUCACGCCUGCUUAUACAGAACUGUACAUCUGCAAACCCUGUACUUAGGUUCUCUGUUAUUGCUAUUACAUCUUGUUAUUAGUCGUACUGAUAUAUGCUUAUGAACUCAGUGCUUUAGUUAAUGACUUGCAUUCAUCCAACAUUCCAGAUUGGGUUUCAAAUAUGUUAGUACAUCUUGAGCAUCUCUCUUGAUAGCUACUUCUUUCUGUAUGUUUUAAGUUUUCUCUUCUCUUUCACAGUCAAAGCACUUGGGAUAAUUUGCUUCAUCAGAAUGGUUGCAUCUGGUUCUGGACUUUUAGCUGGAAUCAAUUAGCGAAAUACAAGCCUCCUCAAUAUCUAAACGAUUCCGAAUUUUGGUGCAGUUAAGAUAGUUCUUUCUAAAGUGCACGUAUAAAUAGUUGAUACACCUGCUUGACGCCUGCCUGUACGGAACUGUAUGUCUGCAAAUCCUGUACUUAGGUUCCCUAAUAUUGCUAAUACAGACAUACAGUAGAAUAUGUGUUAUUAGUCGUAGUUGUAUAUGAUUACUAACUCAGUGCUUUAGUUAAAGACUUGCAUUUACCUAACUCUUUAGAUUGAUUUCCAAGUGUUGUUGGAGUACAUCUUGAGCAUCUCUUGAAAGCUACUUCUCUCCAUUUGUUUUUCGGUUUUCUCUUUUUUUCAUGGCCAAAACACUUGGAAUAUUUUGCUUCAUCAGAAUGGUUGCAUGUGGUUCUGCACCGUUACCAGCAACCAAUUAGUGCAAUACCAGCCUCCUCAGUAUCCGGAGGAUUCAACUUUCCAUUGAACUUUAGUUUAGUUGUUAGCAUAGUUAUCUAUUCUUUCUACAUAAUCUUCCUCAUAUUUGUUUCAUUUUAGGAUAGAUACAGUGUCUGUCUGGAUCCCACCCAAGCAGAUUUAGAUUUGGGCAUGGUACUACUUCCAUUUGUUGCAGAAGAUUCCACCCCAUCUUAUGCUCCCUUAAGGAAGUUAAUUGGUAUAUUAUAUCUGGUUCUGCAUCCUUGAAAGUUACCUGCAGUUAGAUUAUUCAGUUUGGCGUCUCUGUAUGACGUGGACAUAUGUUCUGGAUCCUACCCAAGCAGUUAUUGCUGAAAAAUUUGGUAAAGGCCAGCGCUGGUUUUAGUCACACACGGUACUGUAUGUGGCUUAAGGUCGAGUCAGAAUUACAACUGCAACUGACUUCUUGUUACUCCCUGAUUCUGGAGCUAGUUUAAAUCUCUCCCAAUUGUGAGACUCAGACGACUACUUAUGAUGCUUUGGGAGUAAAUCUGCAGAUUAGUCUCAGCCCUGGGCAUCUUAUCAAUGGAAAGAGAUUAUUUUUUGCUUCGGGGUACCAUGGAUGAGCUAACAAAAGGCUUAGAAAAGACCUUAGUGAUGUUCGAGGUUGUAACAUUUGAUGCUGGGGAGCAGAAGUACGAUGCUGCCACAUAGUUUGUUAAGCGAGAAGGCGUAAAAAAGCUUCCUAUGAUGCUGAUGAUGUUUAGGAUCAUCAGUUCACUUAUGAAGUCAUGAGUGAAUCUGAAAAGGACAAAAAGAGAGGCAUGGUAAGAGACUUCAUUUCAUCCUCAAAUGCACUUACCUGCAAUGUAGAAUUAGCAACCUUUUAUUUCACUUUGAAGAUCUCAUUAUGUAUUUAGUUGUAAAUUUAGUGAAACUACAAGAGAAUCUGAUUUUAACUGUGGGUAUGUUUCCUGUGGGAGCCAAAACAUAUGGAGAAUGGACUGAUAAUGGAUCACUACCCAAUUAUCCAUUUGCUUACCUGAAGAUAUGUUCAAUCCAUGGUGAGUAUUGCUCUCAGCUCCAACCAGAAGAUCAAACCUUGCCAAUAUCAAGGCUGAAUACUAGUUCAGAAGUUUUGAAUCAAUGCAACAGAAGUCACAAAGAAGGGAUGGAUCUAGUUCGGGUUCUUUUUGUCUUUCUCGAGUAACUUACGGAAACUGAAUAAUAACAAGUGCCCGCAAUGUAAUAGUAGUAUUAUCCAGAGGCGACACUUCUAGGCACAUGAUAAUACUGACUUAUACGGCCACGAGUUUCAUACAGGAUGCAGUCAUCUGGCAUGUUUCUGAGGAAGAUUGUUAUAAUAUUAUUCAUGCCUUCAUGAGAGGGAAGUUACCUUGGAUUUUCUGGUAAAUCUCUCCUUCAGGUUCAAUUUAAAGACUACUUUAGAUGGACCAAUUUCUCAGGAGAUUCCUUGCUAGAAAUGGUGCUGCCCCUUGGCAACUGGGACAACUUGGUCUUUGAAAUAUAAUGUAAAGCUUUAUAGUCCUUCACUCAACGAAUAUUUUAAGUAUUGUUGUUUUUUACCCCCUAUAAGCUGCUUACCAUUUGCAGUAAAUUUUUGUGUUAGUCACCAUUUUGUUGCA